AUAUGCUUGCUGGACAGCUAAAAUAUUGGAGCUAUCUUGGAGCUUAAAUUAGUACAAUCUCCUCAAAAUUGUUCGUCUAAAUAAAGUUGGUGCAGUUUACGUGACAAGCGCGGACCGAAACAAAUACGGGCUUAGGUCAACAGAAAAUAAUGACUUGCUUAAAAUACGAAAGAUAAAAAGCGAGGGGACUUUGCGCCGUGUUGAGUUUCCCUCAGCGCUGCCAUUUUGCGCAUCCCGCCUGCGGUCAUACUGCAACGAGACAGAAUAGUAAUUUUUUCACAAGAUUAAAAGUUAAUAAUAUUACACGUAAAUUUGAAUACCGUGGUGUUGUGUGUGGAUAAAAUAAAAUAGUAAAUAAAGUAAGCGCCAGCAAAAGACACGUACGUGUGCAGCGGCGUACGCGAGUGUGUGUGUGGUGGCAGAAGAGAGAGCAGAAAAAGAAGAGAAACAAACCAACAGCCAAAUUCAACAAACACAGCAACACACAUCACAAUGAUGAAAAUGGAGACUGACAAAAUAAUGGACGAAACCAACUCCAAUGCCCAAGCGUUCACAACCACCAUGCUGUAUGAUCCGGUGCGCAAGAAAGACUCCUCGCCCACAUACCAGACAGAGCGGGAUCUCUGUUUCCAGUACUUUACCCAGUGGAGCGAGGCCGGACAGGUGGACUUUGUGGAGCAGUUGCUGUCGCGGAUGUGUCACUAUCAACAUGGCCAGAUCAAUGCCUAUCUCAAGCCGAUGCUGCAGCGCGACUUUAUCACACUUCUGCCAAUCAAGGGCCUGGAUCAUAUUGCGGAAAACAUAUUGUCAUACUUGGAUGCCGAAUCGCUCAAAUCAGCCGAACUGGUCUGCAAGGAAUGGCUGCGCGUCAUCUCCGAGGGCAUGCUCUGGAAGAAGCUCAUCGAACGCAAGGUGCGCACAGACUCCUUGUGGCGCGGCCUGGCCGAGCGUCGCAAUUGGAUGCAAUACCUCUUCAAGCCCCGUCCGGGCCAGACCCAGAGACCACACUCAUUCCAUCGCGAACUAUUCCCCAAGAUAAUGAAUGACAUAGACAGUAUAGAGAACAACUGGAGAACUGGUCGGCAUAUGCUGAGGAGGAUUAAUUGCCGAUCGGAGAACUCAAAGGGUGUCUACUGUCUACAGUACGAUGAUGGAAAAAUUGUAUCCGGUCUCAGGGACAACACCAUCAAGAUCUGGGAUCGCACGGAUCUGCAGUGCGUCAAGACCCUUAUUGGACACACUGGGUCGGUGCUGUGCCUGCAGUACGACGACAAGGUGAUCAUUAGCGGCUCCAGCGACUCUACAGUUCGUGUAUGGGACGUGAAUAGUGGCGAAAUGGUCAACACGCUCAUCCACCACUGCGAGGCGGUGCUGCACUUGCGGUUCAACAAUGGCAUGAUGGUCACUUGCUCCAAGGAUCGAUCGAUUGCCGUUUGGGACAUGACCUCGCCCAGCGAGAUAACGCUCCGCCGAGUACUCGUUGGCCACAGAGCCGCCGUCAAUGUUGUCGACUUCGAUGAGAAGUAUAUUGUGUCCGCCAGCGGAGAUCGCACCAUCAAGGUGUGGUCCACCUCGAGCUGUGAAUUUGUACGGACUCUGAACGGCCACAAGCGUGGCAUCGCCUGCCUGCAGUACAGAGAUCGUCUGGUAGUCAGCGGCAGUUCAGAUAAUUCCAUAAGACUUUGGGACAUUGAGUGUGGUGCUUGUUUACGUGUCUUGGAAGGUCACGAGGAGCUGGUGCGCUGCAUCCGUUUCGACACGAAACGCAUUGUUAGCGGCGCCUAUGAUGGCAAAAUCAAAGUCUGGGACUUGGUUGCCGCCCUGGAUCCACGGGCAGCCUCCAAUACCCUCUGUCUGAAUACACUCGUGGAACAUACUGGUCGCGUCUUUCGUUUGCAAUUCGAUGAGUUCCAGAUCGUUAGCAGCUCGCACGAUGAUACAAUUUUGAUUUGGGACUUUCUAAAUUUCACACCCAAUGAGAACAAGACCGGACGCACACCGUCACCGGCCCUGAUGGAACAUUAACAUUUUGUGCAACGGCAGCUGCGAGAGUUACACCUUUUGUCCUCCAGCGAAGAAGAGUUCGAAGACGACGAGGAUGAGGAUGAUGAUGAUGAGGAUGAGGAAUACUUUGAGGAGGAGGAUGAGGAGUACGACGACGAGCAGGCAAGAGAUUAUGCUGGGGUGGAUUUAGGGGGAUACGUUAGGCACAUUGAUGUUGAUGAUUCGGGCUCCGGUCCAGGAUCAGGUGCCGGUUCUGGGACAGAUCCAGAACUGGACGACCUGGAAUACGAUAUAGAUGUUGAGAAUAUUGAUGAUUAUGAUGAGUAAAGCGUGAAUGAUAUAAAGCCAGCGUCU